AGAAAUGGGUCAGAGAGAGAGUGUGGAUCUAUCUAGGUGUCCUUGUCCUUGUCUGCCUCUAGCUAAUUAGUGUCGGUGUGUAAGUGUGACUGUUAAGCUUUCACUAUUAGUUGUUUUUUGUUUUGUGUAUUGGGUUGGUGUUAGCUUCAGAAAAAUCUAAAUGAUGGCUACGAUUCUCCAAUACUUCAGCUAAAGCUUCUUUCUUAUAGUGGGUUCUUCUUGUUUCCUACUGGUUUGAUUCAUUAAUGAGGUAUUGAGUGAAUAGCAGCUUGCUUUGGAGUGGGAAUUUUGAGUUGUGGAUUGAUAAAGAUUUGGUUUUUGAGUUGUUGGAGAAGGCAAUGGAUUUGGAAGGAGAUGCAGGAGGCGGAGGGCCCAAAAAUGCAAAACAAAAUGCCAUCCAGAUCUGCCAGAUCUGCAGUGAUAAUGUUGGCACAACUGUGAAUGGGGAGCCCUUUGUUGCUUGUCAUGUUUGCGCAUUUCCUGUCUGCCGUCCAUGUUAUGAGUAUGAAAGGAAAGAUGGUAAUCAGUCUUGUCCUCAAUGCAAAACCAAAUACAAAAGACAUAAAGGUAGCCCUCCAAUUCGUGGAGAGGACGUGGAAGAUACAGAUUACAGUGAUGUAGAAGAUAAACCAAACCAUCAUGCAUCAGGGAUACAAGAUGAGAAGCAGAAGAUAGAGCAUAUGCUCGGCUGGGAAGCAAGCUCUGGCAGGAAAGAUUAUGUUGCACCUACAAACUAUGAUAAAGAGGUUUCUCUUAAUCAUAUUCCUUAUCUGGCUGGUAGACGCUCGGUUUCUGGAGAGUUGUCAGCUGCAUCUCCUGAGCGCUACUCGAUGGCUUCUCCUGAAAGUGGCAGUAGAGUGGGGUUGGGUUCAGUUAAUAUCAGGGUUAGAGAUCCAGCAAGGGAAUCUGGAUCUUCAUUUGGUAAUGUUGCCUGGAAAGAAAGGAUUGAUGGCUGGAAGAUGAAGCCAGAGAAGAAUCCUGCUCCAAUGAGUGUUAGUAAUGCGCCAUCUGAGGGCCGAGGUGGUGGAGAUUUUGAUGCCAGUACUGAUGUGCUCAUGGAUGAUUCUUUAUUGAAUGAUGAAACCCGCCAGCCCCUCUCAAGGAAGGUUUCUCUUCCUUCCUCAAGGAUCAAUCCUUACAGGAUGGUUAUUGUUUUGCGGCUUAUUAUUCUUUGCAUCUUUUUGCACUACCGUAUAACAAAUCCGGUGAAGGAUGCCUAUCCUUUGUGGUUAAUAUCUGUUAUCUGUGAGAUAUGGUUUGCAAUAUCAUGGAUACUGGAUCAGUUCCCUAAAUGGCUUCCUGUGAACCGUGAGACAUAUCUUGACAGGCUAGCUCUUAGAUAUGAGAAAGAAGGAGAGCCAUCUCAGUUGGCCUCUGUCGACAUUUUUGUUAGUACUGUGGACCCUUUAAAAGAACCUCCACUUGUCACAGCCAAUACAGUCCUAUCUAUUCUUGCAGUAGACUACCCAGUUGAUAAAGUUUCUUGCUAUGUUUCUGAUGAUGGAGCUGCCAUGUUAACAUUCGAAGCUCUGUCUGAAACAUCUGAAUUUGCUAGAAAAUGGGUUCCUUUCUGCAAGAAAUACAACAUUGAACCACGAGCUCCAGAAUGGUACUUUGCUCAAAAGAUCGACUACUUAAAGGAUAAGGUUCAACCAUCAUUUGUCAAAGACCGCAGAUCUAUGAAGAGAGAAUAUGAAGAAUUUAAAAUUCGUAUCAAUGGCCUAGUGGCAAAGGCACAAAAAGUUCCUGAUGAAGGAUGGGUAAUGCAAGAUGGGACACCUUGGCCUGGUAAUAACAUCAGAGAUCAUCCAGGAAUGAUUCAGGUUUUCUUGGGCCAUAGUGGAGGAUUUGACACUGAGGGUAAUGAACUUCCACGACUAGUAUAUGUAUCUCGUGAGAAGCGCCCUGGUUUUCAGCAUCACAAAAAGGCUGGUGCUAUGAAUGCACUUGUGCGUGUUUCAGCAGUUCUUACCAAUGGACCCUUCUUGUUGAAUCUCGAUUGUGAUCAUUACAUAAACAACAGCAGGGCACUUAGAGAAGCUAUGUGUUUUCUAAUGGAUCCUAAUCUUGGAAGAUCAGUUUGCUACGUCCAGUUUCCGCAGAGAUUUGAUGGGAUUGAUAGAAAUGAUCGAUAUGCCAAUCGAAACACGGUUUUCUUUGAUAUAAAUUUAAGAGGAUUGGAUGGCGUCCAAGGCCCUGUGUACGUGGGCACAGGUUGUGUUUUCAAUAGAACAGCAUUGUACGGCUAUGAGCCUCCUCUAAAGCCUAAGCAUAAGAAACCAAGUUUGUUAUCUUCAUGCUUCGGUGGAUCCCGAAAGAAGAGUUCUAAAUCAAACAGAAAAAACUCUAGUAAAAAGAAAUCGAGCAAGCACAUUGACCCUACUCUGCCAGUUUUCAAUUUGGAAGAUAUAGAAGAAGGUGUUGAAGGUGCUGGUUUCGAUGAUGAAAAGUCAAUGCUUAUGUCACAAAUGACUCUUGAGAAAAGGUUUGGUCAGUCGGCUGUUUUUGUAGCUUCAACUCUAAUGGAGAAUGGUGGUGUUCCUGAGUCUGCCACUCCAGAGUCUCUCUUGAAAGAAGCCAUUCACGUCAUUAGCUGUGGAUAUGAGGAUAAGACCGACUGGGGUAGUGAAAUAGGAUGGAUAUAUGGUUCUGUAACAGAAGAUAUUCUUACAGGAUUCAAGAUGCACGCUCGUGGUUGGAGAUCAAUCUAUUGCAUGCCACAACGUGCUGCCUUUAAAGGAUCUGCUCCCAUCAAUCUUUCUGAUCGUCUAAAUCAAGUGCUUCGGUGGGCUUUAGGUUCAGUUGAAAUUCUUUUUAGCCGUCACUGCCCCAUUUGGUAUGGUUACAGUGGAAGGCUAAAGUUUCUUGAGAGAUUUGCCUAUAUCAAUACCACAAUUUAUCCUGUCACUUCCAUUCCUCUUCUUGCCUACUGUACUCUACCAGCUGUCUGUCUACUUACCGGAAAGUUCAUUAUCCCACCGAUCAGUAACAUUGCCAGUAUCUGGUUCAUAUCCCUCUUUCUUUCAAUCUUUGCCACUGGUAUUCUUGAAAUGAGAUGGAGCGGUGUUGGAAUUGAUGAAUGGUGGAGAAAUGAACAGUUCUGGGUUAUUGGAGGAGUGUCUGCUCACCUAUUUGCUGUCUUCCAAGGCCUGCUGAAAGUCCUUGCUGGAAUAGAUACCAAUUUUACUGUCACUUCAAAAGCAUCUGAUGAAGACGGCGAUUUUGCUGAGCUAUAUAUGUUCAAAUGGACUACUCUACUCAUCCCACCAACCACUCUCCUUAUAAUUAAUCUGGUGGGAGUAGUUGCUGGAGUUUCUUAUGCCAUCAAUAGUGGUUAUCAAUCUUGGGGUCCUCUCUUUGGCAAGCUAUUCUUUGCAUUCUGGGUGAUUAUUCAUCUUUAUCCUUUCCUUAAAGGUUUGAUGGGACGACAAAACCGGACACCUACGAUUGUUGUUGUAUGGUCAGUUCUUCUUGCUUCAAUCUUCUCCUUACUUUGGGUUCGUGUUGAUCCAUUUACAACCCGGGUGACUGGCCCAGACGUCGAGCAGUGUGGAGUCAUCUGCUAGAGGAAAAUGUUACUUGGAAUCAGAACAAGGUCAUAACAUGGAGGAAUAAAAGUUCUGGAUAUUAAUUCUGAUGUCCUCAGUUGGAAGAAUUUGAAGGUAUACGCCUUUAGCUUUGUGUAGUACAUGUAUCUGGUUUUGGAUAGCAGCGCAAGAAAGAUGGUUCUACUGCCUUCUCAUUCUUUGUCAACUGAUAAUUCUUUUUUCUUUUGUGGCGUAAGCAAAAUUAGUUUGUUGAUUUUUUUUUUCUUUAAUUUAAUGCUAUCAAAGUGAUUGCUGAUGAAGAUGUAUUCCUCAAUUUUCCGCUAUUUGUAUUUUAUGCAAUAAAAAGAAAAAAGAAAAGUUAUUGCUUA